AUAUUGCAUCAUUUUUAACAUAUCACAUUCUUCAUUAGGCAUCCGAUAACAUCAUAUUUAACACCAGCUGUCUAACAUUAGACAUUGAUUGCCCUUUAAUACCCCCUCUAUGAAGUCCAUAUGGCCUAAAGGGGCUUGUCACAAAACAACUCUAUUACUUGUAGGCAUGUUGUGGGUUGUAAUUCCCAUACAUAAAAAGGGGGUGGCAAAUCUGUAUAUUUCAUUUUCUUUAAUAAGCUAAAUUAGUUUGGACCAGACAAUUGACAACCCUAGUUGUACAUGCGUUUCGAGUUGUUUUUACUUCUCUGCGCAUAGCCAAACUUGGCAGGCUGAGACUUUCAUACUCCAAGCACUCUACCCAAAAAGCCUGGUUGUAUCAUCAACAAUUAUAAUUUCAUGUAUGGGCAGCUUUAGGGUAAAUUUACAUGCAAAUUUGUUGCAGACAUUUCUGUGACUAUUAUUUACCUGGAUUUGGUUUGUGGAAAGCCACUUGCUUGCUGCAGAAACAUUAUUUUCUCUAUCGGCUCCAUUGGGGGACACAGACCGUGGGUGUAUGCUGCUGUCUCUAGGAGGUAUGACACUAUGGCAACAAAGAAGUCGGCUCCUCCCAGCAGGAUAUACCCGCCUCCAGGCCCUGAGGUAAUCAGUUUAAGCUUAGUGUCUGAAGGAGGUGGACAUGGUCUGGAUUUCUCCAGACCAGGUCUUCUGUUUUAUUAUUUUCCUAGUUAGGGAAUGUGUUUUUAUUAUUCCGUUUUCUUUCAUGUUUUCAGGUGGGGACUCAGGAACUGCGGCUCACUUUCCCCAUUGCGAGUAAGCGGGCACAGACAUUGCGUAUAUGCGCUGUUCACCCCCUCUCGCCAACGGUCAGCGCAUGAGUUUGUACCUCAUGGGUCCGGGUCACCCUAUCUCCCUGCUCGCCUCACUCGCACAUGGUAGCCCGGCAUGAUACAGGUGAUAAAAGCUGGCUGAAGACUUCAUAGGAAGACUCCAUGAGGUAAGUUCUUCUGACUGAGGUAAGUAUAUUUCCCUUUCUCCCUUAGGUGCAGAUUUGCAACAUCUGGAGACCCUCAGUUUUUGGCCCACCUUUCUCAUGGGUCUAAUGGGGCUGGCCUUGACAGGGGGUCCUUUAUUACUGGGGUGAGCAGUGGCAGUUUGAAUGGGGCACAACUUUCUACACUUUAUUCUUAUAUAUAUAUAUAUAUGUGUGUGUGUUUUUCACAUUGAAGCGGCUGACAGCCGCGGCGUUCUUCUAUGCGGGCGCUCUGAGCGUCGGCUUACUUUCACUUUCAGCAGCGGCUGCUGCCGGCGGCGUCUAGUCCACUCAAUUCCCCGCGAGCGCACAUGCAUUCGUAUGUGCGCUCAGGGCAAGGAGCGGGCGCCAUUAGGACUUCUUGUUUAUGCUUCUUGAAGCAGAGAAAUUAUGUGUAUUGAAGAUUUUUAUUUUAUCCCAUAAACUACUGGCAUGGAAGACAGAUCUGUGAUUUUCAUUCAAAUUUUAUCAUUUGGAUAUUUGUUUUAUGAUAUAAUAUUAGGAUUUUACUUUUGUUUUAAUUCUCUACUACAAUAAAACAAAAAUUGUACCAAUAAAGACCUAAUCAGAACUAUGUAAUUGUUGCUGUGUUGCUCCUUAAGACAUUUUCAAAUUCCUAUAAAAUAUCUGCCCUUUUCUGUCUAGGAACAAUCUUUACAUAAUAUACAGUGAGUUACUGAGCGCUUUCCUCUGUGUGUAUGGCCCCAGCUUAAGAAUGUUAGAAGCACUUCCUUGUCCUUCUGGGGGAGGGACGUCAAGAUUUAUUGUGUAGUCUGCAGUUCCCAGCUUGGUCCAGAUCACAAGCAGCUUCCAAACUGUUCUGAUAGUCGGCUCUGUACAAGAAGAAGACAUGGGAGUGUGGAGCUUUAUUACAGGGGCUCUUAUUCUGCUCCUCAUCUUGGUCGUCAUCUGUUUCCUUCUUUACUGUGGAUACAUUUACUACAUCCACAUGAAGUAUGACCAUAUCCCUGGCCCCCCCAGAGACAGUUUUCUCUUUGGACACUCACCCACAUUAAUGAAGGUGAUGAAGAAUAAAAUGUUCGUAUAUGACACCUUCCUGGAAUGGGCUGAAAAGUAUGGUCCCGUGAUACGUAUUAAUGGAUUUCACAGGGUAGUGGCCCUUAUUAUCAGCCCAGAAGGAGUUAAGGAGUGUUUGAUGUCACCAAAAUACACUAAAGAUCCCUUCUAUAAACGUAUUGAAACUAUGUUUGGAGCAAGAUUUAUGGGGACGGGUUUACUGACAGAUCGGGAUUAUGACCAUUGGCACAAAAACAGAAGGAUUAUGGAUCCAGCAUUCAGCAGAACCUACCUAAUAGGAUUAAUGGGAACUUUUAAUGAAAAAGCAGAAGACCUAGUAGACACGCUGGGAGUUAAGGCAGAUGGAAAAUGUCAGGUUGGAAUGCACGAUAUGUUUAGUAGAGUCACAUUGGAUGUAAUAGCCAAGGUUGCCUUUGGGAUGGAGCUAAAUUCCCUUCAUGAUGAUCAGACGCCAUUUCCAAAAGCCAUUUCCACAGUUAUGAAAGGAAUGGUGGAGAUACGGAAUCCUUUCGCAGAGUAUACUCCAGGAAAGCAAGCCUUUAUCAGAGACGUCAAAGAGAAUAUCAAACUCCUAAGGAAAACUGGACAAGAAUGUAUUGAGAGAAGAAUGAAGGCCAUUAAGGAAGGAGAAGACAUUCCUGUGGAUAUCCUCACACAGAUUCUUAAAGGGGCAGAGUUUGAAGAUGGGUGCAGUCUGGAGGACUUAAUGGAUAACUUUGUCACAUUCUUUAUUGCGGGUCAAGAAACAACGGCCAACCAGCUGUCUUUUGCUGUGAUGGAAUUAGCACGACACCCAGAGAUCUUGACAAGGGUCCAGACUGAAGUGGAUGAAGUUAUUGGCUCCAAAAGAGACAUUGAAUAUGAAAACCUUGGAAAACUGCAAUAUCUGUCUCAAGUCUUAAAGGAAACCUUAAGAUUGUACCCAACAGCUCCUGGUACGUCAAGAAUAGCAGAAGAGGAAAUAGUUGUUGAAGGAGUGAGGAUUCCACCUGGAGCAACUCUAGGGUUUAAUUCUUACGUCAUGGGUCGGAUGGAAAAAUUUUAUCAAGAUCCCAUGGCCUUCAACCCAGACAGAUUUCAUCCUGAUGCUCCCAGGCCUGGCUAUGCUUACUUUCCAUUUUCUCUUGGACCACGAUCAUGUAUUGGCCAAGUAUUUGCUCAAAUGGAGGCGAAGGUGGUCAUGGCCAAACUCCUGCAGAGAUUUGAGUUUGAGCUGGUGGAAGGACAGAGCUUCAAGAUUUUGGAUACAGGGACCCUGCGUCCUAUGGAUGGUGUAAUCUGCAGACUGAGGCAUCGAGCAGAACACAAAUCUAAAACAUAAUAAAAGCCUCAAAAAAGACAUUCUAGGUCAUGUGUUACAUUUGUACCUUAUUCGUAGAUAACACUGAUUUUGGAUCAAAUAACCGCUCAUUUGGAUAAUUUUUUUUUAAACUUCUGAGCCUAUAUAAGUGUAUGAUAGUUGUGUUUUAUAUACAGCAUAACUCUGUUAGAAAAUUGCCCAUAUUGUAGAAGUUUCAAUGUCUAUAGAGAUACUGAAAAUAAGUGCUUUAAUAUGUGUUAUAAGGUAUAAACCAGUAUGACUAAUAAACACAAUUGUACUGUAUAUACAUUUUUGUAAAGAAACCUAUGGGAUUUUUAUGUGAUCAGCUCAAAAACAUAAAUGUAUAUUAGUAAAGAAAA